AACACGCGCUCGUGGAAAACAAACGUUGGGAGUUGAAGAGAGUUUUUAUUAUCGAAAUAAUUUGCAAUAAGCGUAUAAAUGGCAAAAAUGAGCGUAAAAAAGAGUGAUAAAACUAAAGAACCUGCAGCUAUGGCUACCAAAAAGGUCGAUGCUGAAAAAAAGGCGGUCAAAAAGCGGAAACUUUCCACGGUUGAGAAUCCCGUGAAGAAGGAUGCCGGUAACAAAAAGGCGAAGACACGUCGCUGGCCGUCAAAGAUACAAGGUUCCGGUUUGGUUUUCAUCAAGCACCUUCCCAAAGGUUUCUACGAGGACGAGAUGUGUGAGUUCUUCAUGCAGUUUGGCGAUGUAGAGCGAGUGUGUGUUGCACGGUCGAAGAAAACACAGCAAAGCAAAGGGUACGGAUACGUGCACUUUCGCUUCCACGAGGUGGCCGAAAUUGCAGCGAGCGCUGUCAACAAUUACAUGAUGUUCGGACGUGUACUGAAAGCGAACGCACUACCCAAGAAAAUUACCAAAGUGCCACGUAAUUUCGGACGUGCGUUUAAUUCGAAGGGCGAACAAACGGGCGCUUACCGGCAAUGGUUACAGAAGCGAGUGAGGAAAGCAAAUAGCUACCUUGGCCCUCAGACACUGCUCGAUCGGGUUUCGAAACGGAUGAAUCGUUUAAAGCGUGCCGAGAAGGAACUGCACGAAGCCGGAAUCGAGUUACCGGAGACGAAUAAUUCCAUGUUGAAAAUGCAGGAAAAAACAAUCGAACUGAAAGGGCUGGUUAAAGAGAAUCUAGCUAAAAGAGCUGCUACAAUCGAAUCAACGGAAAUGAUCGUCGGGCAGCAAGCAAUGGACGAUAACGACGACGAUGAUGAUGAGGAUGAUGAGGACGAAGAAACUGCGUUCAGCACGUUGCAACCUUCCGAUUUUAAGGAAACGGAAACCUCCACAAACGAAACGGAAGAAACGCAAACCAACAAGGCAGAAGCAGUAAAGAAAGCGCAAGAGAAAAGCAAAGAGUUUGUAUUAGCUAAAAGUGAAUCUGCUAAACCAAUUACUACCAGCAAUAAGGAAAACAAGACAGCUGCACCGGUUAAAAAGCAACCUAAAACAGCAAAACUUGCCCCAUCUAAGAAGAAACAAAGUGAAGAGACUGUCGUACCUUCAUUGAAAGUAAAGGGCAAGCUUACCGCUAAAAACGCCAAGUCCGCUAAACUAGGUAAAAAGGUUAAGUAAACUUUACACAACCUCCACAGCACAUUGAGCUAUGUGUAUGAAAGAGAUCUAGUAAGGCCAUGAAGUUAAAAGAUAGCCUACUAGACCGCUUUAAAACACGUACUGGUAUGCUGCAUGGAGUAUAUUGUGUGCAUGAGCUGUCAUUUCCCUUGGCGCAAACUAUUGGAGGAGUUGGGCCUUCCGGUGAACAAUAACGUAAAAUGGUUAUCUUAUGAACGAGCUAAACAAUUGGAAACUCGAACAUUAUUCCGUUUAUUAUGGUGUGAAAGGAAUCGUCUUUGUAUACUGCUCGGUCGUUUAGUUUUAGUGUGCAGAUGUAUGUUUCAAAUUUAUUUCAUAAUAAAUACAAAUUCGUACAAUAAUGUACGAACACACGAAA